AUGUCGUUGCAGGAGAAGCUCGACAAGAUUCGGUCGCCGAAGCUGCAAAAUCAACAGCAGACUGCGCGCGUACUUUCGGCCGUGGAAGAUACCUUACGAGACCAAAAGACAGAAUUUACCCCUACAGCGUAUUUCGCAGCCAUUCUCGCUCUCCUAAGUCAAUCGAUAUCAUCCGAAACUGGAAUCGUCAACAAAGAACUCGCGACUUCAGUUGUAUACCUCCUGGACCUGGUAACACCUCAUGUUUCCCAGCCGUUGCUACGGUCCAAGUUUUUUCAAAUUUUGACACACCUUGCUCCCGCUCUCACCAAUGCUGAAGCCGAAGCGCCGCUUCUACGACCGUCUAUCGGCUGCCUUGAAUCCCUUUUGAUUGCACAAGAUGCGGCAGCCUGGGCGCUUCCACAGACUCAGGUCGGCCCAAGACGAGCCAUUGCGGGUCUACUGCAUUUUGCUGUAGACCACCGUCCGAAGGUUCGAAAGCGGGCUCAGGAUGCGCUGGUCAAGAUUCUCAAGAGUCCACCUCCGAGUCCAUCGCUUGAUCAUCCUGCGGCUGAUAUGUGUGCGGAAACCGCUUUGAAGAGUUUGAGUGAUCUCGCCAGCGCGACCGGCAAAAGCAAGAAGCACCGGGAAAACAGCCAAGGGCGUCCCCAUGAAUCAUCCUUAAUUCAUGCCCUGCAACUGGUCAAGACAAUUGCAGACGCUUCUGGCGGUUGGCCUUCGCGAAAGAUGGAGUCUCUGUGUGACUUACUGUUGAGCAUCUCCAAGUCAAGCAAUGAAUAUCUCACCAUGGCAGCAUUCGAUGUCUUUGAAGCCAUAUUCGAAGGAAUGGCUGAUGGCUUCUCUGCCACGAAGCUUCCACACCUCUUGGAAGUCAUUUCUGAGUUGCGGCCAUCCCAGAAUGAUUCACAGCUUCUUCCCCCCUGGAUUGCGAUCCUCUCUAGGGGCUAUGAUGUUUCUGCUCAGAUCGAUCCUGAAAGUACAUUUGCCAAAUUGCCGGACCUCUUUACAUUGGUUUCUGGCUUUCUGGCUUCCUCUUCUCACAAUAUUCGGGUGUCCGCCGCGGAGUGUCUCAUUUCCUUCCUAGCCAAUUGCGUCCCAGAUUCAGCAAUCAUCGAGCCUUCGAUAUUUGAUGAAAAGAUUCUUGAGAAAAUUGCUAAGUCCGGGGUCGACCUGCUCAGCGUUAAAUACCAACAAGCUUGGAUGGAGGUCUUUACUGUACUGGGUGCCAUGUUUGACGCCUUGCGAUGGAGAAGUUCGCCACUCCUCUUGGAUGUCGUGAAGAUCUUGGGCGAUCUCCGCGACAACAGUUCUUUCACCAGUAAGAAAGAGGUCGACGAAAUACUAGGCAAAGCAAUAGGUGCAAUGGGCCCUGAGGCAGUUUUGAACCUGAUCCCGCUCAACUUGACCAAGCCGAAAACCGGACAGCCAGGAAGAGCCUGGCUACUACCUGUCCUUCGUGACAGCAUCAACAAUGCCCAUUUAGCGCAUUUCCGAUCCGAGUUCGUCCCACUGAGUGAGGCCAUGUUUCAAAGGGUGAUCAACCAUGGUGGCGCCGAAAAAACUAUGGAAAUCAAGAUCUUUGAAACGCUAGUCCAGCAGAUAUGGGCACUCCUACCAGGAUACUGCGACUUGCCGUUGGACAUAAUUGAGGCCUUUGACCAGAGCUUUGCUGAGCUCAUCGCCAAUUUGCUUUACAAGCAGACCGAGUUGCGAGUGGAUGUGUGCAAAUCUCUUCAGCUCUUAGUUGACUCGAACAAGGCGGUGCUGGCCAUUGGUACAGAACCCGAGAACCUUCUCGAACAGCGGAGGAUUUCGAUUGCCCAGGCGAAAAAGAAUCUAGAUCAUCUAGCCACAUUUUCCGGAAAUAUGCUCGCUGUGCUCUUUAAUGUCUAUAGCCAGACUCUUCCGCAGUAUAGGGGCUUCAUUUUGAACUGCAUCAGUACUUUCCUCAGUAUUACCUCAGAAAAGGAACUCAUCGAGACGUUCGCGCGAGUUACGGGCAUGCUUGAAUCUUCUCUCGGAGAAGGCGGAGCCCAGACUCAAGCGGAUAAACAAAGACAAAAGGAGAAAAACGCUGGCGAUAAGAUGCCACCCAUGAGUCACACGCUCAUGGAUUUAGUUAUCACCAUUUCCAUUUACCUGCCGCGAGAGAGCUUUGCCACGCUAUUCAAUAUCUCGGCGUUGAUUGUCGCCAAAGACGAUGACCCCCAGCUCCAGAAAAAGGCAUAUAAACUUAUCCCGCGCCUUGCAGACUCCGAUUUGGGCAAAGCUGCAUUAGUCGAGCGCAAUGUUGAGCUGCAACAGCUGCUUCUUCAAAGCGCCUCGAAAGCUUCCGCGCCUGCUCGAAGAGAUCGUCUGGAUGCCCUUGCUAAGAUUGUCACGUUUCUUCCUCAAUCUGAUCUCCAUUUCAUCCCUUCCAUCCUUUCUGAAGUUGUUAUUUCCUGCAAGGAGGUCAAUGAAAAAGCGAGAGCUGCAGCCUUUGAUUUACUUGUAUUAAUGGGAGAGAAGAUGGCAGAAGGCGGCACAGUUGUUAAUUCCAAGGUAGAGCAUAUGCCUGACGAUGCACCGGAUGUGCCAGCCACGAUCGAGGAGUAUUUCACCAUGGUCUCUGCGGGGCUUGCUGGAUCAACGCCACACAUGAUCAGUGCUUCGAUUACUGCAUUGACAAGGAUACUCUACCAUUUCCGCGAAUCAUUAUCGGAAGCUGUUGUGACGGACUUGGUCCAGACCAUGGAUCUUUUUCUGACAUCAAACAACCGAGAGAUUGUCCGUUCUGUCCUCGGAUUUGUCAAGGUCUCAGUCAUUGCUCUGCCGGUUUCUCUCAUGCUGCCGCGACUUGAGACCCUACUUCCAAACCUCAUGGUCUGGAGCCACGAACAUAAGGCUCACUUCAAGGCAAAGGUUAAGCAUAUUAUCGAAAGAAUGAUUCGUCGAUUUGGUCUCUCUGUCGUCGAAAAGUGCACGCCUGAAGAUGACAAGAAGCUAAUCACCAACAUUCGCAAGACAAGAGAUCGUCGCAAGAGGAGAAAAGAUGAGGGCAAAGAUCAUGAAGGCACUGGAAAAGAGACAAACCGUAAAGGCCGAUUUGAGAGCGAAUAUGAUGAGGCCGUAUAUGGUAGCGAUGAGAGCUCCGACGGCUCUGAUGUUAGUGAUGACGAAGUUCUUGGCAAGCAUGGCAGAAAGCCCAAGACUGGGCAGGCGUACAUUGUCGAAGAUGAAGACGAGCCUCUGGAUCUUCUGGACCGGCGAGCUUUGGCAAACAUCUCGUCCACGAAACCCCUCAAGUCCCGACAGCCGCCUGCAUCAAAGACUAAAGCAAAGGUUGACCUGGAUGGCAAACUUCUGCUUGACGAUGAUUCCGAUGAUGAGAUGAUGGACUUUGGUGAGGACGGCAAUGUCGGUGCUGGCGACGGUUCAAUGGAAGGAGGUAUCAACGCCUAUGUGCAGGCGCUGAAGGGCAAAGACGCGCCCAAGCGCGGCCAGCGCGGAAAGCUCAAGUUCAGUAACAAGAGAGGCACAGACGAUGAUGACGAAGAGAUGGAAAUAGAUGAGGAGGAGGUAGCACAGAAAAUGAAAGCGAAGCAGCGCGGGAGCGGAGGACCAAAAAGGAAGGAUCAAAGGAAAGGUUUGGGGGCACAAAAAACAAAAAGCGGACGGAUACAAAAAGGUGGUUCUGGAGGCAAGCACGGACGGCGUUAA